AUGAAUACCUCUCAUUUCCUGGCCUCCCUCUUUCCAGGAUUCCUACGGGGCACGAAUGGGACCAAUCCAAUGGAUUUCCUCUACAACUUCUCUGACGGCUGCCAUGAUUCUGCAAACCUGCUGGCCUUCAUCAUCACCACCUAUAGCAUCGAGACCAUCUUGGGGGUCCUGGGAAACCUCUGCUUGAUAUAUGUGACCACAAGGCAAAAGGAAAAGUCUAGUGUGACCAACUUACUCAUUGCCAACCUGGCCUUCUCUGACUUCCUCAUGUGCCUCAUCUGCCAGCCACUCACAGUCACUUACACCAUCAUGGACUACUGGAUCUUUGGUGAAAUCCUUUGCAAGAUGUUAACCUUUAUCCAGUGUAUGUCGGUGACAGUCUCCAUCCUCUCAUUGGUCCUUGUGGCCCUGGAGAGGCACCAGCUCAUCAUCAAUCCAACAGGCUGGAAGCCAAGUAUUUUCCAAGCCUACCUGGGGAUUGUGGUCAUCUGGAUCAUUUCUUGCUUCCUCUCCUUACCCUUCCUGGCCAAUAGCAUCCUAAAUGACCUCUUUCAUUACAACCACUCAAAGGCUGUAGAGUUUCUAGAGGACAAAGAAGUCUGCUUUGUAUCCUGGUCCUCAGACCAGCACCGUCUCAUCUACACCACCUUUCUGCUGCUCUUUCAGUACUGUAUCCCUCUGAUCUUCAUCCUGGUCUGCUACGUGCGCAUCUACCAGCGCCUGUGGAGGCAGCGGCACAUGUUCCAUAAAGAUGCUUGCAGCUCACGAAUGGGACAGAUGAAGCGGAUCAAUGGCAUGCUCAUGGCCAUGGUGGCUGUCUUCGCAGUUCUCUGGCUGCCCCUGCAUGUGUUCAACACAUUGGAGGACUGGUACCAGGAGGCCAUCCCUGCUUGCCAUGGCAACCUCAUCUUCUUGAUAUGUCACCUGUUUGCCAUGGCUUCCACCUGUGUCAACCCUUUCAUCUACGGCUUUCUCAACACCAACUUCAAGAAGGAUAUCAGGGCUCUGGUGCUGACCUGCCAUUGCAGGCCACCCCGAAGGGAGUCUGAGCAUCUGCCCCUGUCCACGGUGCACACGGACCUCUCCAAAGGCUCUCUGAGGCUAGGUAGCAAGUCCAAUUUCAUAUAG